AUUUAAUAAAUAAUCAGUCACCGAUGUCAAGAAUUGACAUUGAUCAAACUAGUAACAAUUUUACGAACAACGUGUUUAGCUCUUUUAUAUGGAACCUUCAAUCGGAGGAGGAACCUAAACUUUCUGUCGAAUAAAAUCCGAGAACAUCUGAUUGUAAAUUGGUUAAAGAUGGCUAAAUCUUCUGAAAAGAAAGGAAAGAGUGCAAUUAAUGAAGUGGUAACUCGUGAAUAUACUGUACAUCUUCAUAAACGUCUUCAUGGAGUUGGAUUUAAGAAACGUGCACCUAGAGCAAUUAAAGAAAUUCGAAAAUUUGCUGAAAAACAAAUGGGUACACCUGACGUAAGGAUUGACACUCGUCUCAACAAACAAUUAUGGUCUAAAGGAAUAAGGAAUGUUCCUUUCAGAGUUCGUGUUCGAUUAAGUAGAAGAAGGAAUGACGAUGAGGACUCAGCAAAUAAAUUAUAUACACUUGUAACAUAUAUUCCUGUAGCCUCCUUCAAAGGCCUUCAAACAGAAAAUGUAGAUGCAAGUCAAGAUUAAUACCUUUAUAUUCAAUAAAUAAAUUGAAACAUU